AUGCCCAAACCUGGCAGUCUUCCCGGUAUAAAACAUGUGAUCGUUGUCGUCGGUGGAAAGAAGAACAGCGCCGGCACCAGCUCGCGAACAUACCGGAAACUGUCUCGUCUAUGGGGUUUGCCGCUGCUUCCCGACAUGGCUUCACUGCUCCCAGUGUAUCUCACCUACGUCAAAGACCUUGGUCUUUGCUCGUUCAACGGUAAACUAGGCAGAGACCCUGCGAAGAGGGUUGAACCGUCGAAGAGGACCUACAGUUAG